GACUCUGAUGCCUUUGUUUGACCCUGACUCAGGUCUCCUCAUAGUAUCAGGGAUGGUAAGACGUAGUUUGUUGUCUCCCUUAACAGAGAGGAUGAAGGCAGCUAGCCUCAUUUAAUCUUUUACUAUUAUCUUCCUCAGUAAAUACACUCCUGUCUGCUUCUUUCUCUCUUCCAUAGGGAGACAGUGUCAUUGACUGCUUCGAGGUGUCUGCCAGUGAACCAUUCCUUUCCCAAGGUAAGGACAGAUCAUCAGUGGUUGUUCAUUUUCCAAAAUAAAACACAUUUUCCAAUACUGUCCUCCUACCUUUCCCACUCCCUCUCUCACACACCACGCCUGUCCUCUACUCCCUCCUGUCUUUCUCUCCAGUAAGCCACUGUCUGACGGACGCCCCAACGCGAGGUGUUGCCAUGGUACCCAAGCUGGCGUUGGACGUCCUGUCCUGUGAGGUCAUGCGGGUCCUGCAGCUGACAGACAGCUUCAUCGUGCCAAUCAACUACCACGUGCCCCGCAAGGUCCAAUAUCUCUCAUGCUACUGUAACAGCAGAUCGAUCUGUCAUUUUGAUGCCAUGGCAACAGUUCUUCCCCUGUACUUUUUUCUAAACUGAUGGGGGGGACUUGGCAAUAGUGUAUUUUGUAGUCACUGAGGAAAAUAAAGUUAUGGAAUGAGCAACCACUCAACAGGCAGCAAGCCUUUAUGGCUUCCAUUUUAGAGUAUGUUUGUGUUUUUGUGUGUAUCUAAUUCAGUCAGGACAGGAGUUCCAUGCAGACCUGUACCCAGACACCUUGGGCCGGACGGCAGCCAUGUCAGCUGAGGAGUGGUGGAAAGGUGGCGAGAAA